ACUUUCCCCGGGGUAGGGCGGCCCUGCCCCUGACACUUCCUCGUCCCCGGCGCGGUCCCCCGCCCCGGCCCAGGAGCCCGCGGAGCGCAGGAGGGCCAGACACUGGCCGGGCCGAUAACCCGUCCCUGGACCCGGGGCUGGACGCAGAGAGGGGGACGGUGUGCUCCAGGGCCCCCAACCUCAGCCAGGUGGGCGCUACGGCAGGGGUUGAGCCGCCCUCAUGGAAGGGAGAGGACCAUACCGGAUCUACGACCCUGGGGGCAGCGUACCUCUGGGAGAGGCUUCUGCGGCUUUUGAGCGCCUAGUGGAGGAGAAUUCCCGACUGAAGGAAAAAAUGCAAGGGAUAAAGAUGUUAGGGGAGCUUUUGGAAGAGUCCCAGAUGGAAGCAUCCAGAUUGCGGCAGAAGGCAGAGGAGCUGGUCAAGGACAGCGAGCUGCUCCCACCACCAUCUCCCUCUUUGGCCUCCUUCGACCACCUGGCUGAGCUCACAGGAAAGGAUACAGGUGGCCCAGCACCGCCCGCUGACCCUGCACACCCCAGCGACAAACCAGAGCCAGUCCAAAAACCUCCAUCCAGCGGCACCUCCUCUGAAUUUGAAGUGGUCCCCGCUGAGGAGCAGACUUCUUCGCCAGCGAGCGGCGGCCACCCCAGAAACACCAUGGCGUUCGACCCCCCGCCCCACGAGGACAGCAACCUGAUGCUGCAUCUGCAGCGCCUGGAGACCACACUGAGCGUGUGCGCCGAGGAGCCGGACCGCACCCAGCUCUUCACGCACUUGGGCCGCAUGGCCCUCGAAUUCAACCGGCUGGCCUCCAAAGUGCACAAGAAUGAGCAGCGCACCUCCAUCCUACAGACCCUGUGUGAGCAGCUGCGGAAGGAGAAUGAGGCCCUGAAGGCCAAGCUGGACAAGGGCCUGGAACAGCGGGAUCAGGCUGCUGAGAGGCUGUGGGAGGAAAACAUGGAGCUCAAGAAGUUGUUGAUGAGCUGUGGCAAAGAGAAUGCCUGUGGGCAGCCAGGCUCACUAAAGACAGAAGGCACAGGCAAGAAGGGAGUGGCCGGACAGCAGCAGGUACGUGCCCAGAAACUCCUUCCAUGGCAUCCUCGAUCACCAGGGCCAGGCCUCUGCUGCUGCCUCCCAUGGCAGUGAGCCCACCAUCUCCUGCUGCAGCCAGCAUCCCUCUUACUAGGUUUUCGAUAGACGGUGUCUCCUUAGCUUAGCCUGACAGCCCGCGCCCCUGGAGCUUCUACUCCUCAGCCCUCAUUCCGCAUCCCAUCCCCUGGCAUUUUUGGUUGAUGUUGGGUGGGGGAUGGUGGCAGUACCUUAGAGAUAGAGUCUGAGCAGGGCAAGAGGCGGCCAUGGGAAGGGGAGCGAGCGGAGGGCAGGAGGGCAGGAGGGCAGGGGAGGAGGAAUGGUCAUCUGGUAGCUAGCAUACACGCUCGGGCUGCUGGCCAUGACCAUGGCUCGGUGGCCCCCACAGGCCUUCUCUUCUCCAGGCUGAGUAGCUCCAGUUCCUUUGGCCACUGCUCAUAGAAAGUGGUGUCGAGUCCUUCGCUCGGUCUGGGCACAUUCCCUAAACGUGUUCCCGUUUGUGAAGAUCUCUGUUGGGUGGGUCUCAAAAGUCAGUUUAACAUCUCAGAUAUUCCUGGCAGAAUUAGGGUGUUGGGUGGAGAAAGCCCCUCAGGGGACUCUGAUAAGCUCCUGGGAUUGCGUCCUGGGGCCUCUGACCUGGAGAGAAGUAGGGGUUAGCUGACAUUGCCAUGGCCGGACACCCCUUCCCACGGCCGCUCCCAGCUGUGGCUCACAUCCAGUUCCCAUGCACGAGCUGGCACGAGCUGGCACGAGCUGGCUCUCCUCCCUUGCCCGGUCUGUGCCUUUCCCCUUCCUGCAGAGCUGAGUCCCAGCUUUUUCCUGACACGUUUUCCCCUUUUAAUGGGGUUCAAUGGCUGCACAGCAGGACUCAACAUCUUUAACAAACCCCACACCUAUGUAAUAGCAACAAUUACCUUAAUAACUUAAUUCCUCGUUACUGUGUGGCGAUGUGGAACGUACCUGGGACUUGCAAAUCUGUCGUCCUAUUUGGAUCUCCGCUCUGCACGUAUGCUAGGCAGGGCCGGGACAAUUACUCCCUGACACAGCCGUGGCAGGAGGUGUGGAGAGGUCACGUGACUUCCUGUCAUCAAGAUCCCUGCAUCACCUGCUAGCAGGCCACCAGCAGUGCGGCAGAGACCCAUGCUGUUAAAUGACUGUCUGCACUCCAGCCCGUGAAGCCCCUCCCUUCCUCCAUUUACCCCUCAGGGCAGAGCCUGCCUUGGCCGUCCUCUUGUGGAAGUGCCUGGUGGAGCCCCCGGUCUCCCGUGGGUUCCCUGAGCCACCACGGGUGUGGGAUUCAGUGGGCAGUCCUCUUCACUUUCCCGAGCGCUUCGGUGUCCGCUCAUGCCGCUCGACUCCCCGGAGGUCCAGCUCAUCUUAGCAGCCUGCCGGGGAGGCAGGGCCCACGGGGGGCAUGUGUUUCGGCGGUGGCGGAGCUGGCCCCCUGGAGCCACACGCGGCUUGAAUGCUGGCUCCACCUCUGGCCAGCACGGCCACCUUGGAUGAGUUACGUAAACCAACCGUGUGGCUUCAGUUUCUUCUUCUGUAAAAUGGAAGCGGUAACACUGGCCUCAAAGGAUGGUGGGAGGGCUCAGUGAUGUGAUACCCGUGAAGUAGGUUUAGCGCUGGGCGCGUGGUAACCCAUGAACGUUAGCUGUUGCUUUUAAUGGCCGCUUUGGUGCUAGCAGCCGGGUGGGCUGACUCUUCUCUUCUUUGUGGAGGUUAAGGGUGUACCCCCAGGAGCCCCCAUCCCCUCUUCCUCCUUGCCCUGUAAGGAGGCAGCGGGCUUCUAGGCGCAGGCCCAUCUCUUGCCUUCCGUAAAGGCGAGGGUCCCUGGAGGGCUUCCCCAGCCCGCUCCCCUUCCUCCCUGGUUCUGUGGUGUGCUGACAGACCUUGGCCUGCAGGGGGCACUGGAGCCUCACGAGUUCUGCCCUCAUGGCCCGCCCCACCCUCCACUCCCACCCCAGCACUGGGGGAGUGCAGAGGGGGCAGGAAGGCAGGCGAUAGAGAGAAUGUGGGCAGUGACCCCAGGACAGAUGCUGACAAGCCCACAGGAUAUCAGAGUUUGGGGCCUUUGGAGCCCAUCUUGUCUGACCUCCUGGUACCAAGGCCCAGAAGGGGUGUGGGUCUUGGGCUCAUGCUGGACUCGGAGCGAGAACCAGCACUCCACUGCUGGCCUCCUGAGCUUGUUCUGCCCUUUCGCCCCAGCAUUUCCUAGUUCAAAAAAAUUUUUUUCUAAACUUUAUUUUGAAAUAACUUUAGAUUUACAGAAGAGUUGCAAAAGUAGUCCAGAGAAUUCCCAUACCCCCUUGACAAGUUACAUAACUGCGGUUCAGUGAUCGAAACUAGAAAAUAAACAGUAUUAUUAACUAAA